GCUACGAGAUCUACGACGCGUCUACAACCACCACGCAGCCCCUCCUCCUAUGGGAAAAGGAUGGCGCAAGGAAGGAGGACGAGGAAGUCAAGCUGGAACAGGGUCCCUGGACGGAGGCCGGACAUGGCAGGGAGGCGUACGCGUUCCCGAAGUACGAUGCCGAGCGGGUCGAUCUCAGCAAGCCCGCGGCCCAAGUGAUAGCAGUACAGACUGCACAGAGAGGGGAGCCCACCCGGGCUUUGGCCAACGACCUCCAGGCCCUGAUCAACCAGACAAGGAGGAUGACCAACAAGAAGGCCAGCUUGGAGGAGAAUCGCAAGCAGAAGCUGGCGCAAUGGGAAAAGUAUCAGCACGAUAUGCAACGAUCGUACAAGUCGGAGAAGGAGAGACACUACAACGCCAUGUCCAAGAUCGAGGAGGACCUUGCCCAGGCCAAGGCCAUGUGCGAGAAAGCUCAGGAGCAGAUGAGCCAGGCUGCCGAUGCUGCAGGACUCAACCUGGAUGCGAACAUGUUGAUGGCGGACGACAUGGAAUGGCGCCGGUUAGUUGGCGAAUCUACACCGGUGGACGUCAGCCCGGAGGAGAUACUCCUUGUGCGAGAAAUGCGAAGGCAAGGUGCGCUGGGGAUGCCGCCCGGACUCCCAAGUCCGGUUACAACGAGUCCACCGGGCGACACAGGACUUCCCAUGGACCUCUUCCAGGAGAAGGGUCCGGAUGCCAACAACGGCCCGAUUGCGCCGAGGGGAGAGGGCUAUACUGCGAUUUCCCCGAGUGCGCAUCGCGCCGAGCCGUAUCCUGCCCACUCACCCAGCGGCCUCCGACCAAGAGUGGAAGUGUCUAUGGCUGUCGAGGCGAAGGCUACCAGACAGCCACCGGAAACCAGACAUCCCGGGCAACGAGACCCCAGCCAGAACCGUCUUCCUACAAGUAUCGAGCCCCCGAGACCGGGGAUCAAAGAAGCCACCAUGCGACCACCGGCCAGAGCAGACGUCUCUGGCAGGUUUCAAUCCAAGCUGGACGAGGUCAGACAGCGCGAGGGCAACGCGCUCCGGGCUUUCGGCAGCGUGGAGGUUCCAUUGGCCGAAGCCAAGGAGACAGAACCCACCGCCAGUGCCGGAGUUCUUCCGACCAAGUUUGUCGAGGACGACCCGGACCAUGUGGAAUCCCCAGGCUUCCUGGGCUUGGAGUAG